AAGUGGAGUAUAAAAGAAUUGUAUUGAGAUUAAGAGGACAGCGCAAGCGGGAUACUGGUCGCGAUGGCUCUGAAAGUAUUUUUUUGUUUAUUGAUUGUUGUCCCUUUAAUAAGAGGAGAGGCUGAUUACAUCCAGCCCCCUCAAUCAGAAGUACCGAGAUUAUUAGAAAUAUCCAUAAACUGUGUCAGCGAAACAGGCGUCGAUUCGGACACACUAUUCAAAUUAAUGACGUGGACGUUCAAGAAAACGCCGAACACUAGCAAAUUCAUGUACUGCUUUUUAACAAAAGCUGGCUUCGCAGACAGCGAAGGCCAGUUUGUUAAGGACACAGUUGUCCGCCUCGUUGGCAAUCAUAAACGUAAAGACGAAUUUGCUAAUGUAAUCGAGGAGUGCAAUAAAACACCCGGAAAGGAUAAGUUCGAUCGACUGUACCGUGUAGUCGGUUGUGCUCAUGAUAAGUCGCCAAUACUUUUUUCUAUAUAGUAUCGUGUAUAAUUUCUAUUUAUUCUAUAAUAAAUUCCCUCUGUUGUCAUCGUGU